AUGAAGUUGGCAGCAUUUCUCGUGGGACUAUUCCUGCUAGAAUCAACUCCCGGAUCACACGGCUAUUGCUACAGCAGUUUACACUGUGAAGAUCUCGAUGCUCAAACUCACGGACCUGAAAUAGCGCACGAUCUCUGCAAGUGCCGUUGCAAGGACCUUGCCACGGUAGUCAUUGAAGAUCUGUUCAAAAGCAGCGCCAACUGUGUGCAAAUAAAGGCCGAAGGGGACGCCAAAAACCCCGGCGGAUAUGUCUUCACGAUGGACAACUUUGACCAGAAUAAGCACGCGGUGUACCAUGACUACUGGUUCAAGAAGAAUAAAAACAAACAACGAGCCCUCAGCGGCAGCUUCUGGCAGAUCUACUAUCCCUGGGUGAACGCAUCGGCCACCGCGGACAACGUUCCGUACGUGGUCCAGAACAUCCUUACGACGCAGUUCCUGACGGCAACGGUUAACACCUACCAGAGCAAUUGGAAACAGGUACAAACAGUAAAGAGGUUGACCCAAAAGGGCAUGUGGAUGUUCAACUCGAGGAAAAGAAAUGGUAAAACACAGUGGACUCUGCAGAACCAGAAAACCAACGAAUUUCUCAUCCAGCAUGCCACGGCAGUUGGAGAUCACUGGUGGCAAGGUAUGAUUCUUGUGCACGACAAAAAGAAAUGGGACAAGUUCCCGGAAGGAAAUUGGUUUUUCAUUCAUCCCUGUUACUAGA